AUGUGGAUAGAAGUGUAUGCCCAGGGUAAAUUCAUAAUAGAAAAGAAAAUAGAAGAAGCUUUAGUCGAAACUAAAUCGCAAAAAACUGCUGGGCAUAGAAAGGAUAAAAAUAGUGCAGAGUCAGAUAUAACCAUACAAGGGCAUAAAAGAAGAGAACCUGCCAAUUACGAGUCUGAAGAGAGCGAGGAAAUAAACUACAAAACAGUGCGGGAGUAUAUAAUAGAUAGGAAAAUUGGAAGGUACCGCUUGGUUGACAAGAGUAUUUCUGGUGCAGAAAGAGUUAUAUGCGGGAGCUGGUCCUUCAACAGACUGGCGAAGUGGAUAGAAGAAGGUGCUCCUGAUUUUUUCCAAAGCCUAUCCUUUGGUAUGUGCAUAGGGUCUUACAUCAAGGCAUACGAAAGCUCCAGAACGGUUGUGCUCUUAGGCACCAGAUCAAUAGGAAUAUUUGGCAUAGGAGAGCACAUCGUGAUAAAGUAUGAAGCAGUGCGAGAGAUAAAGAAGGGCAACCAUAUGGAGAUUUCCUAUAUUGAAAGUGUAGGUGGUGCUGAUAGUGCAGACCACGAACAGGUAGCUUGCUACAGAGAUGGGCCUGAGCAGAUGUAUGCUAGCAAUUUGGUUUCCGAGAAACACUGCGCCUUGGCAGAUGAGCAAACAAUUCCGGAAACUGCAGGAAGUGCAGACGAGGAUAUAAAGAAUGGGGCUGAGGAAUUAAGUACAGAGAGCAAGAAAAAAGAGUCUGGCUUUCUUUAUAAAAAAGUCUGUCUAUGCCUUUUCCCAGAGCUUGAUGAAGAGAUUAUGCAGCUUGCAUUGUCGCCCAGAGAAGAAAUUCAAACAUACGCUGACUUACUGCGGCAAAGAAUCUGCGAAAGACUCUGUUCAACCAUUCCGUUAUACAACCAGAGAAUAAACUGCAUUGCCAUGCAUUCAACAGGAACUGUUUCGAUAACAAACAACUUUUUGAUUAUCAAGGAGGAUCAGAAGUGCCUGGCAAUUCCGCUCUGCAUGAUUAGAAAGGCAGAAAUCACAAAAGGAUGGAAUAUUGUUCUGCGAGUCACAGAUGCCAACCACAGAGAAUUUGAGAUGUAUUUAGUGGAUAAUGAAGAGCUAUCAAUAGACAGCAUACUUCUAAACAUCGCAAAAGAAGACCCUCGGUUUAAGUCUGCAUACUUCAGCAUACUGCUGGAUAUACUACAAAACAGCAAGAUUAUGAACUGCGAUUUAGACUCUACGUCAGGAAACUGGUCUAUGGGUAGAUGCUCUGAAUACAGGAUAUACAUGUGCAUGAAGACGAAUAGUGCAAUGAGCAUUUCUGUGCAAAGGCAGGAAAGACCUUUCAUCUGGUUUGGAUGUUUCUGUCUUUGCGGCAUUGUUAACGACCCAGGGCUAUUUGAAAUGUCAGUUGAAAAGUCAAAGACCACAUACUUUACAUCAUAUGACCAGAUUGAUAAGGAUAUACAGAGAUCAAUCUAUGAAGAUGUGCCUGGCGAGGUGUAUGCAGGGCUAAAAAGAGUGAUGUAUGCGUUCACAGCAUAUAACAAUAACGAGUACCUGCAGUCGCAUGCUAUGGUUGGAGGCAUUCUAUAUAGAAUUUUAGGAGAGUCUGGGUGUUUCUACAGUCUUGUUCACAUAUUCACAAGGAUACUUCCUGAUUAUACAGGGCCUGAAAUAUACGGCAUGCACAGAGACGUGGCAGUCUUUAUUGAGUUUGCAAAAGAGAAGUGUCCUGGGCUAUGUGACAAUCUUGUUUCCAAGGAGAUAGAGCUUAAAAUACUUGUCACCCCGUGGAUACUCAGCCUCUUCAGCACGUUUUUCCAGAGAAAACACAUUGAGGUUAUAUUUGACUAUCUUGCAUACUAUGGGGCAGUCUUUCUUUUUAAGCUGUCUCUUGCACUUCUUGAGAGAAUGUAUCUAGGAAUUUCUCGGUCAAAUCAGACAGGCUCAAUGCUAAAGAUUUCUGCAGAGUACUUCUUUAAUAACACAAGCCUUCCCUCAAUUAGUGAUGAAGAAUUUUCUCUUCUUAUUGAAAUAGCAAAAUCUGACAAAAUAGUCACGCCUGCAAAUGUUCUCUAUAAAAGGCAGCAAUAUGAGUUAGCUCAUAGAAAAAACUGA